GGAAGCAGCAGCAGCCAUUUUAGCUCUACAGGACAUGCCUCUUGCUGCUUUCCUAUCAGACAUGGAGCACAGGCGAAGAGAAAGUUGAUUAUCAUCUCAUGUCCCUGCCAGGCUGGCUGUUGUACAGGUGCCAUGGUGACGCUGAAUCACUUGAGUGUAGAGGACCCAGAUAACAGCUCCUCGCUGUUGCCUGAGGCUGCAGAGGCUGCGACACCAACACCUGUGAGUCACAGGCAGCGAUUGGUCACAAGGACCGACUCCAGGGAGUUCUUCCUCAGCAGGAGUGAGAACCUUGCCUUCAGUCUGGUGCUGCUGAUUGGAUGCUACUCAGCCAUUCUGAUCCCUGCAUAUUUCUCCUUGGAUCGGGUGGCAACACUCAGCAAUGACUAUCAACAUACCAAAGAUCUGGUCUUACUAAAUCGGUCAGCCUCCCUUCUGUCAGGCCCCUGUCAGCCCCGCUGGUGUCUGAAUCACCUCAAGCCCCUGUCCUGUUCUGCAGGCCUCCAGGACAUCCCUGUGUUUGUGCAGCAGGACAGGCCUGCAUCCUGGGACUUGGCCCCUCCUCUGGGGCUCCAGGGCAGUGAAGAGCAUCUGGCCCUGGCUCUUGCCUCUCUGCCCGAGCCUGGCCUGCCUCCAUCCCUGAGGAGGGAAGGCAGCUGCAGGCGGUGUAUGGUGGUGGGCAGUGGAGGGGUUCUUCAUGGGAGCCAUCUUGGAGCUCACAUAGAUCAGUAUGACAUCAUUAUCAGGCUGAAUAAUGCUCCAGUGCCUGGCUUUGAGAGAGACGCUGGUUCCCGCACCACCAUCCGCCUGAUUUACCCAGAGGGAGCACCUCACUCUGCAAACGAGUACAAAAAGACCACCAUGGUUGCUCUGGUGGUCUUUAAGAGCUUGGACCUGGACUGGCUCACUUCUGUCAUCACCAAACAGCCUCUGAGCUUCUGGUCUAAAAUGUGGUUCUGGAGGAAAGUGGUGGAUGAUAUUCCUCUGAGACCAGAGAACUUCAGGAUCCUCCACCCAGAGAUUAUUCACAAGACAGGACAAGUCUUAAAGAAAUAUGCUCUGAAACAGGGAAAUAUGGUGCCAACACUAGGUGCCAAUGCGGUGGUGAUGGCUCUGCAGCUGUGUGACCAAGUGAGCCUUGCAGGGUUUGGGUAUGAUAUGCAGCACCCAGAGGCCAGGCUUCACUACUAUGAGACCAUACGCAUGGACGCGAUGAAAGCUCAAGUGGUGCAUGAUGUCAGCGCUGAGAAGCUCUUCCUGAGGGACCUGGUCGCUGCAGGAGCUGUGACUGACCUCACAGGAGCUCUGUGAGCCAGCUGUGCAGCCACUGAUAAUACAGUGAACUCUAGGUGCACCCCUCUCUCUCUCUCUCUCUCUCACUGUGAGCCUCUAUGGAGUCCUGCAUAACUGUGCCCUGUUGGAGUAUCCUGCACAGAGCAGACUGACCUUUAAAACGCUCACAGGCUUCAGGGAUGCCUCACGAGUGAGUAAAUUAAACUCCAAAAGGUUAGAAAAGCCCGUGAUUAGAGAGAUUAACCGAAGUCACAUCACAUCACAUUUAAAUUCAAUGAAGUUACUACAUUACCAACUGUUACAAGUAUAGUAACUGUCAUAUGGGUGAAUAAUUUGUCUUCAUGUUCAGCAAUUGGCUGAAUUUUGUAAAAGGAACACAAUGCUCUAUGAUUCAUACAGUGCUAUUUAAAUUAUGUUUAC